UGUGAUCAUCCUCAUCGGUCAUCUUUCAUCUGCAUAUCCUUUGUCGCCGAUGCAGUAAUCGUGGUCCGCGAAUCUGCGAAUCACGGACGUAUUCUCAUCUCUCGCACACGAGGGGCUGAUUUCCCCCUCCCUUACCCCUGACAUGAUCGAGAGAAUACGCGAGUGCGCGCGCUUUAUAAGUGUUUUUCACGAACAUCUUUCCCGUCGCCGCCAAUUCCCGGGGGACGACCAUGCGAGAGAGACGAGGGUCUUCCGUCUAUCAUUUGACGUUCUCUCACCAAAAUAUGAUGGAGGGUCCAUUGAGCAUCACUGUUAUAUAUUGCUCAAAUCGAUGCUACAUUUAGCCUUGAGUUUGGACAAUUUUUAAUGCGUUAGAAUCAGUACAUUGUUGAGGCACAGUAAUCCAAACUCCUAACCAAGGAGAGAUGGAUACAGUGUGCGAUGAGGAUAGGCGGAGACGCCUACGGGCUUUGGAGGAGAGGAUAAAGGAUCCAAGAAGUGUCACAAAUAUUGAUUGCUUAUUGGAUACAGUCCAGGCCUUGGUAUUAGAUUGCGAUCAUGCGAGCGUGAAACGUAUGAAAAAUAUAGAAGCUUAUAUGAAUAGAUAUGAUUCUGUAGCACAAGAGAUUUAUCAAAUGCGAAUGCGUACGGAUGAUUUUACUUUGAUAAAAGUAAUCGGUCGCGGUGCAUUUGGAGAGGUGCAGUUGGUUAGACAUAGAUCUACGCAAAAAGUUUACGCUAUGAAAUUACUUAGUAAAUUUGAAAUGAUUAAAAGAUCGGAUUCUGCAUUUUUUUGGGAAGAGAGAGACAUAAUGGCUCACGCAAAUUCUCCAUGGAUAGUUCAGCUCCACUUUGCAUUCCAAGAUCAAAAGUAUCUCUAUAUGGUUAUGGAUUAUAUGCCGGGAGGAGAUUUAGUGAAUCUGAUGUCCAAUUACGAAGUGCCAGAGAAAUGGGCAAAAUUUUACUGUGCCGAAGUGGUGCUUGCAUUAGAUGCGAUACAUCUUAUGGGUUUUGUACACAGAGAUGUGAAACCAGACAAUAUGCUGCUUGACAAGCAUGGUCAUCUAAAACUUGCCGAUUUUGGCACAUGUAUGAGGAUGGAUGCUGACGGUUUAGUACGGUCCGAUACAGCGGUUGGUACACCCGAUUAUAUAUCCCCGGAAGUUCUGCAAUCACAAGGCGGGGAAGGAGUAUACGGUCGCGAAUGUGACUGGUGGUCCGUAGGUGUUUUCCUGUAUGAGAUGUUGUUUGGCGAUACACCAUUUUUCGCCGAUUCUUUAGUUGGGACAUAUUCGAAGAUCAUGGAUCACAGGAAUUCGCUAUAUUUUUCUCAAAAUGUCGAGAUAUCUCAUUCGGCGAAGAACUUAAUAUGCGGCUUCCUCACUGACAGAACGAAACGCCUGGGUCGUAACGGCGUCGACGAAAUUAAAAAUCAUCCAUUCUUCAAGAACGAUCAGUGGACUUUCGAUAAUCUAAGGGAAUGCGUGCCGCCGGUAGUGCCCGAACUUUCAGGGGAUGACGACACUAGCAAUUUUGAUGACAUCGACAAAGAGGACGGACCAGAGGAGAGUUUUCCAGUACCUAAAGCUUUUUCCGGAAAUCAUCUGCCUUUCAUUGGAUUCACUUAUUCGGGAGAUUACCAACUAAUGUUCUCUUACGGCAAGGAAUCCGUGGAUGGAUUGGAGAAUCAUGUUAAUAAUGGUACCACUGAUGAUGUGAAGAUCUCGCAGCUAGAAAACUUGCUAGAUCGUGAGAGACGGCAAGUAGAGACGAUGGAAUCGAGACAGAAAGCGUUGAACAUGCAGUUGGAAGCAAUGACAUGCCGAGAAGCCGAGUUGCGUGAAGAAGUAGGCAGAGCGGAUAAAGAGUUGACACUGCUCAGGCACAAUUACAAGGAGGCGCAACGUAGAGUGGAGCACGAGACGGAGAUUCGUCGGAAGGCGGAAUCAUUAUUGGUAGAAGUAAAGAAGAAAUUUGACGAGGAGCAAACGAGACGGGCGCGUGAUGUCAGCAACUCGCAGCAGACAUCUGAGCGAGUAACGACGUUGGAAAAACAGAUCAAAGAGAUGCAUUGUAAACUAGAGAGAGAAACAGAAACAGUGACGAGAUUGCGCAAGCAGGCGACGGAAAUCAGUGUGGGGCGUCAAGCUGCCGAGCAAAUGGCGAGCGAACUCCAAGUUGCCAGGGCUCAGCUACAAGCACAGCGUGAUAAUUUGCAACAAGAGGUCGCCGCUCUCCAGGGCCAACUUUCCAAGGAACGAAGUUCGAGAUCGCAAGCAUCAUUAUUGACAGCCGAACUGGAGACACGUCUUUCUGCCUUACAUCUCGAGUUAGAACGUAGUCGUGAAAAAGAGGAGAAAGCAACUCUGGAUAAUAGACAACUAAAUGAAAGAAUUUCCGCGUUAGAAAAAGAAGCUGCUAGUUUAACUCUGGAAUUAAAAGCUGCUCAAGCGAGGUACAAUCAAGAAGUUGUGGCGCAUCAAGAGACGGAGCGUUCGCGUAUUCUCUCCAAAGAGGAAGCCAAUUUGGAAGUUGUCAAAGCUCUACAAGCGAAAUUAAAUGAGGAGAAAAGCGGAAGACAACGCGCAGAAUUACUUGCGCAGGAAAAAGAACGUCAGACAUCAAUGCUCUCUGUCGAUUACAGACAGAUACAACAACGAUUGCAAAAAUUAGAAGGUGAGCACAGACAAGAAGUGGAAAAAGUUAAAGUGCUGCAGGGUCAAGUUGAACAGGAACAACAGAAAAGGAACGUCCUUCAGACCGAUUUAGGUCAGCAAACGUCCGAAGCAGGAAGACUUCGCGCUCGCGAACAACAAUUGGUCGGAGAAGUUGCUCAAUUGAGGGAAGCUAAGCGGCAAAUAGAAGAGGAGUUACAUCACUUAAAGGCGCAAAGGAAUGUUGAUCAGCUACAGACAAAAGAAUUGCAGGAACAAUUAGAAGCCGAAGCUUAUUUCUCGACUCUUUACAAAACACAGACGCAAGAAUUACGUGAAGAGUUGGACGAAAAAGUGAGAUUGCAGCAGGAAUUGGAGGAAGAACGUAGUUCUUUGGUUCAUCAGUUACAACUGUCUUUGGCGCGCGGUGACAGUGAAGCGCUGGCCAGAUCCAUAGCCGAGGAGACUGUAGCAGACUUGGAAAAGGAAAGAACCAUGAAAGAGCUGGAAUACAAAGACGGAGUAACCAAGCAUCAUCAAGAGCUAAGUUCAAAGGAACAAAUUAUAAACAGACUUAAGGAGAACGAAAGCGAAUUCAAAAAAUCGAUCGAUCAAACUUUGAAGGAAAAGGAGGACUUGGGCAAACGCUUGAAAGAAGUGCAAGAGCAACUUGGCAAAGCGCAAUUCAACGCGGAAGAAAUUGAAAAGCUAAGCAGUAAGCUGAAAACUGAACAACUAUUAAAACAGCAGGCAGUCAAUAAGCUAGCCGAGAUUAUGAACCGAAAGGAUCUUUCGUCGAGUGGAAAGAAUAAAAACAAAGCGUCAGCCGCAGAUCUGAGGAAGAAGGAGAAAGAUUGCAGGCGCCUGCAACAAGAACUCACUCAAGAGAGGGAAAAGUACGGGCAACUGGCAGCUAAAUGGCAAAAAGAUUUGCAAGAUAUACAAGCGCAACUCGUGGAGGAAAAUCAGGCAAAAUUAAAACUGCAAAUGGAACUAGAUUCGAAGGAUUCAGAAAUAGAAACUUUGCAAAUGAAAAUUGCGUCGCUCAAUUCCGAAACUGCAAGUGUCUCAUCCAUCGAGAACGACGACGCUGAGGAUUCGGUUUUGUCCGAGCAUGGUACGAUGAGACUGGAAGGUUGGUUAAAUGUGCCAAACAAACAGAAUAUUAAGCGGCACGGCUGGAAGAAGCAAUAUGUUGUUGUCUCUUCCAAGAAGAUAAUUUUCUAUAAUAGCGAAAACGACAAAAUGAAUGCCGAUCCGGUUCUGAUAUUAGACUUGAAUAAAGUCUUCCACGUUAGAUCUGUUACUCAGGGUGAUGUUAUCCGAGCCAAUGCCAAAGAUAUACCCAGAAUAUUUCAGUUACUCUAUGCCGGUGAAGGGGAAGCGAGACGGCCCGGCGACGAAGGAAAUACAUUGCCUGGAGUAGAUUUACCGCAGCUCACGGAUAAACCCGGCACUCAGUCGCUGAAGGGUCAUGAGUUCGUGUCAAUAUCUUAUCACAUGCCGACGACCUGCGAAGUCUGUUCGAAACAACUCUGGCACAUGUUUCGGCCUUCCCCGGCUCUCGAAUGCCGAAGGUGUCGCAUUAAGGUUCAUAAGGAACAUUUGGAUAAGAAGGAGGAUGCCAUAGCUCCAUGCAAACUGCACUACGAUCCGAAUAGCGCUCGUGAGUUGUUGCUGCUCGCGGCGAAUCCUGAGGACCAGAAGUAUUGGGUCUCACGGCUGUCCAGACGCGUUCAGAAGUGUGGCUACAAAGCGAACUCACAUGUAGAUGGCACGGGGCAGCGCGUCUCGCCAAGAGAAUCCACGAGGUCGACUCUGAAGCCAUACUUAUCGGUGCAGCAACGAUCCGCGACAUUGCCAGCAAAUGCCAGUAUGGGCAAGUGAUCUUGGAAGAUGCUAGUAUUGGCAAUUAAGAAUUCCGCUCACGAUCUGCUACCGCAUUUUCCGCGUUAAUGGUAGUGAUAUUAAUGAGGAUCGUGGUAAAAAAAACUCCUACAACCUCAUGAUUUUUUCUGCGCACUGAAGCGCACUUGGCAACUGAAGUAGACUGUCAAUAAUUUUCUAGAUCAAUGUGAAAAUAAUUGAAAUAGCGAGUAUGAUCGUAAUGUGACUUUUGCAGCUAAGAGUAAGUGAAAUUCAAGUUGAGUCGUUGGAGAAAACAGGGUCAUUAUAUAUGUACCGGGUGAUAGACGAAUACGACGAUAAAAUGGAGAAAGAUAGGAUGCUGUGUCCAGGAUUGCGCGCCAAUAUCAUGUUCCCGGGACAAUAAUCGAAUUAAUUGAAACGCGUCGUAUUCCUCGUAUUUGCUGGAUCGUUUUAUCGUGAGCGACAUGUAAUAAUCUUUUCGGUGUUCGUGAUAUUCGCGGCAGAUUGUAAAACGUUCUUUAGAAGAAUGGUUGAAUUUCUGCAGUGAUUUUUCUGGAUUAGAACUCUCUUAUAUUGGACUUUGUAUACGCACAUUUCUUACUGCCUUUGAUAACGAUUAUCGAUAAAUUGUGAUGGAGACUUUUAGCUUAAGGCGUUUUUUCGAUGCUUUAAACCGAAAUUUCGGAAGCUUGGAAAAAAGUAUAUAUAUAGUAUUUUGGAAUUAUUUUAUAUAUACACAGAAUGUUCUUUGAGGACGUAUGUAGGUAUACGCGGGGAUCUUUUGCUUUUAACAUGAGUAUUAGCGAGGAUUUAUUUAACAUUUGAUAGUUGAGGUGUGUUUUUUGGACAGUUUAAUUUCAAGAAGGUGUAAAUAACUGAACACACGUUCGAAGAUCAACGUUUUUAUCGAAAUUGCGGCAAGUGAGUUGGCUCAUCGCGGACAUUCGUCGGCAGACAUCGCGAGGAAGAAGUAAUUUGCGAAAUUGAUCAGAAUGUGUGUGAUGUCUGUAAGGACUAUAUGAGUACACAAUAAUGAGUGCCAGCUUGUAUAGUAGAGAUAAUGAUUAUAUGAAUAUAUGAAUUAACGUCCUAUAUCCCGACAGAGACAGAGAAAAAGACAGUUAACAAGAGGACAAAUUAACAAAAAAAUAUCAUGCAUAAUUCAGAAGCUUAACAGCUUCGUUAUGGUGCCAUACGGCUUGGCCAUUUUUGGCAUCGAAAGAAAUGAUAGAAAGAAACAAAAAAAACAGAGAAAGAUAUUAGGAAUCGUGUUAGAUAUUAUUAACGCAUCAUCGCCAUCUGUGUUCUUUCCAAAGUACAUCCGCGAGACAUUGUGGAAAUUCGUCGGAACGAAGAGAGCCGCUUCCAUCGAUGUUAGUCAGCUAACUGUGGUUAACAUUCUUCUUUCCCAUGUGAGCUAAAGUUAGACAAUAAUUGCAGUUAAGCGAGUUAAGUGAAAUUGUCUGUUGUGAUUCCCUGUCUCUUUUUUAAAAAGAUAAAAUCUUAAAAUAUUUUAUCUCAGAAUCUAGAAAAAGUUUUAUAUUUUUUUUAUGAAGGAGAUAAAGAAUCAAUAAAGCAUCGGUUAAGUUACGAAUGGUAGCUAAAUAUGGAUAGGAGUAGGGAAUCGAUAAUCACAACCAAGUCAAGCAAUAGAGGGAACAAAAGCAAUAGAAGAAGUAAGAUUAGUCCAUUAUACACGCGGCAAAUUCUGGUUAAUUAAAUUUUCUUUUUUUUUAUUUAGAUUAUACUUAACUUUCUAGAUAGGGAAAAAAGGAUUUCUAACCGGAUUUAGUUAACUAAGUUGUCGAUGUAACUGGUUCUAAGAACUCAGCCGAGAGACGUCCAUCAAAAAUGGUGCUUUUCCCUUUUUCCUCCCUGUCCUGCUCUUUUUGGUUUGAUAAAACAUUGAGAACGAGCGAGAAAUUGUCGAUGCGUCUCAUAAUUAUAAAUUGUGAAAGUACUAAGAAAAGAAAGAGAUGAAAUUGAAACAGAAAGAAAACAUCAUCCGAUAUACUGUCCCGUGCCUUCUUCACUAUUUUAGUUCUCCAUGAGAGCGAAACUUGGAAAAAAUUAGUAAUGAGAAAGAAUGAGAGAGAAUGAAUGAACAACUGAAUGAAUGAAUGAGUGAAUAAGAAUGAGAGAGUGCGAAAAUGACGGUGGGCGAGAUAGAUAAAGAAAGAAAAAGAAAGGAAAAGAAGAACUUGUUACAGCAUAUUUUAUUAUUGUUUAGUUAUUUACAAUCUGUAUAUUAUUAAUUAAUAUUACGAUUAAAAGUAUUUUGUAGAUAA